GAUUAAUUUUAGGUUUUUUUUUUCUUUCUUGUGAAAAUGUUGUGAGAAAUGUUGCGUUUAUUUUGUUUUCGGUAGUUGUUAUUGUUAAUUUUAGGGUUGGAUUAGGUUUUGUUUUGUUUUGGGGUUAAUGCCAUUCAGAUCGAGAGAUUUCGUGGCUUGUACUGAUUUGUGAUCUGUGAUUUUGAGCUGAAUUAGAGUCUUUCGGAGGCUGAUCUUUUUGUGCAAAUUCACAUUUUUUGUGAUUCUUGUUGUCUUUGGCGAUUAUUUAUCAGAUCCGUUGAAGCCCUGUUUAUCUUCCUAUCUUUCUCUCUCUUUGGUUGUAUUGGGCAGUCCUGCAUUAAAAAGUUUGUACCUUGGUAGGAAAGAUAUUACGAAAUGCAAGUUAUAGUUUCUUUUGUUGUUGGAUUUGGGUUUGCGAUGGGAGCAUUAUAGACCAUACUUAGUUUCCGAGCUGUCCUGGGUUGGGGUGCACUCGCGCAUUUUGUAUACAGCCGCGCAAAUUUCAGCAUUCGAGCCAUGGAAACUGAAACAUCGUAUAUUGUCUUGACUAAUAUAGGCUUGGUUUUCAAAUGAUUGUGAUAUUGGAUUUUAAAACCUAUUGUUAGUUCUAGUUGGCAGCUAAUUGAGCUGGGCCAUAAAUAGUAUCAUAUGAAAUCCAGUAGGAGAGUUCUUUCCCUCCUGGACCAUUGUAUCACCUUGAGGCAAAUCAAGCAAAUUCAAUCACAUCUCACUAUUUCAGGCACCCUUUUUGAUCCUUAUGCUGCUGCGAAGAUUAUUUCCUUUUGUGCAACAUCUGAUAUUGGUGAUGUUUGUCAUGCAUAUCGGCUCUUCUGUUGUCUGCCUUACCGUACUACCUACAUUUGGAACACAAUGAUUAGAGCCUUUGCCGAGAGAAAUGAAGCCAUGAAAACCAUGUCUCUUUACAAGAAUAUGCGAGAGAAUGGCCUUUUACCAAACAACUAUACCUUCUCUUUUCUUCUUAGAUCUUGUACUGAGCUUUCUGACCUAUCUCUCGGUCUAAUGAUCCACGGUCAAGCCAUUGUUUUGGGUUGGGAGUCAUAUGACUUUGUGCAGAAUGGAUUAAUCCAUUUUUUUGCUAGUUGUUUUUGUAUGGAUCCAGCUCGUAAACUGUUUGAUAUGAGCGGGAAUCGGGAUGUUAUUACAUGGACAUCCUUAAUUAAUGGGUAUGCCAAGUCAGGUCAAGUUUUGAUUGCACGAGACUUGUUUGACCAAAUGCCAGAAAAGAAUUAUGUAUCCUGGAGUGCGAUGAUUAAUGGUUAUUGCCAAGUUGGCUUUUUCAGAGAGGCUUUAGAGGUUUUCGGUGACAUGCAGGCUUCUGGAUUUGCUCCUAAUCAUAGUAGUAUAGUGGGUGCUCUGACUGCUUGUGCUUUUCUUGGUGCAUUAGACCAGGGAAAGUGGAUACAUACAUAUGUGAACAGAAACAAAAUAAAAUUAGACAGAAUGCUGGGCACUGCUCUUAUUGACAUGUAUGCUAAGUGUGGUUGUAUUGAAACUGCUUGUGUUGUAUUUGAUGAGAUGCCAGAGAGGGAUGUUUAUGCCUUUACUUCUUUGAUUUCGGGCCUGGCUAAUCAUGGUCUGGGCACACUUGCUAUUGAUUUGUUUAUGAGGAUGCACAAUGAAGGAGUCCUACCAAAUGAAGUUACAUUUAUAGGUGUUUUGAGUGCUUGCAGUAGAAUGGGGUUGGUAGAUGAAGGGUUGAAGAUCUUUGAAAGCAUGCGUACUAUUUAUAGAGUUGAGCCUAGGGUCCAACACUAUGGUUGUUUGGUGGAUCUUCUUGGGAGAGUUGGCAUGAUAGAUGAGGCAAAGAAGGUUGUGAGAAUGAUGCCUAUGAAGCCGGACUCUUAUGUGUUGGGUGCACUGCUCAAUGCAUGUAGAGUUCAUGGCGAUGUUGAGUUGGGUCAAGAAAUGGUUGAGUGCUUGGCCGAACAAGGACUGGACCAUAGUGGGGUUCAUGUUCUUCUUUCAAAUAUGUAUGCCUCUGCCGACCGAUGGGAUUAUGUCAAAACAGUAAGAGAGACAAUGGAAAGGAAGAAGUUGAUAAAAGCGCCAGGGUGUAGUUUAAUUGAAGUUGAUGGUUCGGUUAAUGAAUUUGUUGCUGGAGACAGGUCCCAUGUGCUCAUGCAGGAGAUAAUAUCAUUGUUAAUUGCCAUGGACAGACAUCUAAAGUCUAUUUGUUUUGAUGAUGGUGAUGAUAACAAGAUUACUGAUUGUGUUCCACCCUAGAGCUGUUGUUUCCUUAGUUAUCAUUACAUUUUUAUCUUCUGUAUCAAUAAUUUGAGUAAAGUUUUCUCUUCUAAUUUAAUGCAUUUAUAAUGGUUUUAGCACUGCUCUGUAGCGAGUUUCUUUUUUAUGUUGGAUAUUGACUUCACUGGGAUCUGUCCAUUUUGUUUUAUUUAAAAAACAUUUUUUAAUACAGUGAUGUGGUACGGACAUUUAGUUUUAUUAAUAGUAGUUUAUUUUAAUCAAUCUGGGUUUCUUCCCUUGACUCCCAACACAAAUAAAAAAGAAAAUAUAAGAACGAUUUUUUUUUUCCCUUUCUAAUAACUUUAGAAGUUUCAAAUAUGAUGUAAGGAAACAAGUGCGUGCCCUUUUCUAUUAGGGUGACAAUCCUCACUAAUGAAGUUGGUGGGAAUGCUCCAGCUUAUCCCAGAUGGUGUUUUUUUAGUUUGUGUAUUCAAUAUGGUGCUACAAAUUUGAUGUAACUGUAGCUUGCAAAGUUUUUUUUUUUCUUUUUCAAACUUAUAGAAAAUCCUUUAUCACCCUGGCCUAGAAGUUCCCUUGUGUAAGCUUUCUGUCUUCAUUGGUUGAAACUAUUGUUAAUUUAUCUUAACUGUUCACUGUAGGUAAGGGUGCUGUGCGAGAAGGCUAAGGAGAUAUUAA